GAGCAAAGGGGUCAAGCUUAAGCACCUGAUAUUUGGUGACAGCACAAUUCAGAUUUGAUCGUAAAAUCUUCUGAUUUAGUUCAUUUAAUGCUGAGCUUGACUGGCCCGAAAAAGAGGAAGUCAUGUGUUGUUUUGCUGAAGCACGUUUUCAGAGAAUCUGAAAGAAAAGUACUUGCCACAUUUUCACAUGAGCGACAAAGCAGAAAAAGGAUGAAGGAAGAAAAGAGCUAAAACGACCCUCAUUCUACAAAGUUGAUACUCAGAAAUGGAUUUACAUGAAUGCCUUUAUGAGGAAUAUGUCUCUGACUAUGUAUAUAAGGUGUUCAGACGUUAUUCUGAACACAACAGCUCUGAGAUCUUCAAGAUCUACAGAACUUCUACAGAUUAAUUUUGUCGUUGUGAAGAAACAUCUUGAAGAAUGAGAAGCCUGAUGUGUGUGCUGUUCCCGGUGCUCUUCUGCUCUGUGCAGAUGACUUCAAGUGCUCCCCAUGCAAUUGUUCCACGAUCAAACUGCUGUGUAGUGUUCAGUAAUGUGAGGAUUCCUAUAAAGCAAGUGGUGUCUUACUUCUGGACCAGCAGCACCUGUGCCAAACACGCUAUUGUGUUUAAGACAGUUGCUGGGAGAGAGAUCUGUGUAGAUCCAGAGGCGACCUGGGUGAGCCACCAUGUUGAUAAAGUGGACAAAAAAACAGCAACUGCAGCUGCUGCUGCAUCAACAACCUCUCCUACAGCAAAGACUCAGAGCCUCACAAUCUAAUAGAAGCUACACUGUUUCUA